UCUUGAAGCUGAAAUCGACGAAAGGUGCGAAGCCUUAGAGGAAAGAGAAGAUCAUCAGAGCUUUAUAAACGACGACGAUUCAUAUCUUUCCUUACUUGAGCACUUUCGCAGUUUCAAGCUGAUGAACCACUUUCAUAGACUUCUAUUCAGAUGAAAAGCGGUCCGCUGCUUUGACUUUUUCUUUUUCCAACUACUGUGACGACGAAAGAAAGCAAAGAAACUCAGCUUCUUGCAGGUCCCAAUAAGCAGGUAACCCACUCCGCGGUCUACUCGUCUUGGAAAGCCUCAUCAGUUCAAGAAAGAUUCAAUCAAUUUCAAUCAAUGCGAGUCCCACCAGGAAGGAAUAUUCUGAGGCGGGCAAGGAAGGAAGAGGCGGGAUAUGUCGUCAGUCUAGACUGAGAAUGAGUUCAGAAAAUUCCCUCUUAUGCGCCUUCCUUCUUCGAACCUUUUGGUAUGUAUUGCCCCCUAACUAUAGAUCAGAUCCACCAGACGAGAAAGUCAAUUCCGCACUGCUGCUCCGUCGUCGGACUUAUCCACCAAGGGAAGGGAUUCCUUUCAGCCCCCUUUCUUUUGGGUAUGCAGGUACUCAAAGUCCUCUCACUACCAACCAGAAGACAUCAUCUGGCUGGGUCUUGCCGGCUACGGGGAGAUCGGAGCAAGAGGGAAGGCCUAGACAUUCUUCCUGGGCAGCUGUAAGUAGAUCGAGAGGUCGUUCCGCCCCUUGUCCCCGAAUAAGGGUAAUAUGUUCUCAUAAAAGGUUGCUCCAAUCUGACCUAGCUGGCGAGCGAUCCCAGUUCGCAGCAGAGAACAAGACAGGAAGCGAGCCUACCUUUGUUCGCUUCUUCUCCACCAAGCACGGAAGUUUCAGGAUAACUGUAGGUCGGUGGCUACCUAAGGAAACUCCGAUUCGAUCCGCCCCCCGGCUGGGAGGCAUCUACCUCAUCCCGAUCACAAGGAGAGGUUCACCAUGA